AUGGCGGUAGCGGCAUAACCUAACUUAACAAUAUUGUUUUUACGCAUUUUCGUUAUCCCAUUUUGUACAACUUUGUGAAUUUUGUGUAGAUAAGUGAGUGAGGAUUGACUGUGAAUUCGUGAACAAUACAUAAACCAGCAGCAUGGCGGACGCGGCUGCUAGGCAGCUGCAAUACGAAUACAAAGCUAACUCAAAUUUAGUACUCCAAGCCGACGUCAGGCUUAUAGAGAGGCGCGGGCGAGAUGAGGCAACGGGAGAGGUUCUCUCUCUGUCCGGCAAGCUGACUGGCACUCGCAUGGGUGACCGUGCACAGAGGACCAAGCCUGACAAAGCUGAGGAGAGGAAGGCCAAACGACAGAAGCGCGACGAGGCGUCAUACGAGCUGUCCAAGUCAAAGUCUCGCGUGGCGUGGGCGGACGACACGCCCGCCGGCGUGCUGUACCGGCCGCGCGCGCAGCACACGCGCCACGCGUACGAGCUGCUGCUGGCCUUCAUGCAGAGCGCGCUGGGCGACCAGCCGAGGGACAUCCUGUGUGGCGCCUGCGACGAGGUAUUGGUGGUACUCAAAAAUGACAAAUUAAAGGACCCGGAGAGAAAAAAAGAAAUAGAAACUCUACUUGGACCCAUUGCAGAUGAAAGAUUCGCACUUUUAGUUAAUUUAGGUAAGAAAAUCACAGACUUCACAAUUAGCACAUCGACAGAGGGCAACACAGAGAUAGACGAGACAUACGGCAUUAAUGUGCAGUUCGAGGAGUCCUCCGAGGAGGACGAUGAGGAUGCUUAUGGGGAGGUUCGCGAGGAGGACAAGGAGGAGGGCGAUGCGUCGGACGCGGAGGGCGGCAAGGAGAGCUCGGGCGACGACAGCGACGCGGAGGGCAAGAGGAACGCCAUACACGCCAACCUGUCCGAGGAGCAGUCGCAGAAGCGGCGCGACACGGUGCUGCACCCCAUGGACAUCGACGCGUACUGGCUGCAGCGACGACUGUCCAGGCACUUCCCCGACGCCAUGGUGUCGCAGGCGAAGUCGUCCGAGGUGCUGCGCGCGCUGUCGGACGCGGCGGACGAGCGCGACCUGGAGAACAGGCUGGUGCUGCUGCUCGGCUACGACUGCUUCGACCUCGUCAAGGUGCUGAACAAGUACAGAUACACCAUCCUGUACUGCACGCGCCUGGCGUCGUCCCAGUCGGAGAGCGAGCGCGCCUCCAUCAGAGACGAGAUGUCCAAGCAGCCGCAUCUGCAGAAGAUCCUCGCACAGCUCGACACCGGCAAGGGAGAUGACGAGAUGACGGAGCAGUCGGAGCAGCCGCGCAAGCGCGCGAGGGGCGGGCAGGAGGCGGCGGGCGGCGCGGUGGGCGGCGCGCGCAAGCUGCUGCAGCUCGAGGAGCUGGUGUUCGCGGCCGUCGCGCACUUCAUGGCCAACAAGCGCUGCCAGCUGCCGCCCGGCAGCUUCCGCAAGCAGCGCAAAGGUUACGAAGAGGUCCACGUGCCCGCGCUGAAACCCAAACCCUUCGAGGAGGACGAGACCCUGGUGGCCAUAGAGAAGCUCCCCAAGUACGUGCAGCCAGCGUUCGACGGCUUCAAGACACUCAAUAGAAUACAGAGUCGCAUAUCAAAAGCAGCAUUGGAAACAGAUGAGAACCUGCUAGUGUGCGCGCCCACCGGCGCCGGCAAGACCAACGUGGCGCUGCUGUGCGUCCUGCGCGAGGUGGGCAAGCACGUCAACGACGACGGCACCGUCAACGUCAGCGACUUCAAGAUGAUCUACGUCGCGCCCAUGAGGUCGCUCGUGCAGGAGAUGGUGGGCAACUUCAGCAAGAGGCUGGCGGCGUACAACAUGAAGGUGUCGGAGCUGACGGGCGACCACCAGCUCACGCGGGAGCAGAUCGACGCCACGCAGCUCAUCGUCUGCACGCCCGAGAAGUGGGACAUCAUCACCAGGAAGGGAGGCGAGAGGUCGUUCACAAACCUGGUGCGGCUGAUCAUCAUUGACGAGAUCCACCUGCUGCACGACGAGCGCGGGCCCGUGCUGGAGGCACUAGUAGCGCGCACACUGCGCACCGUGGAACACACUCAGGAGGAGGUACGUCUGGUCGGUCUGUCCGCCACGCUGCCCAACUACACGGACGUGGCCGCCUUCCUGCGAGUGAAGCCCGAGAAAGGACUGUUCUACUUCGACAACUCCUUCAGGCCUGUAGCGUUAGAGCAGCAGUACAUAGGUGUGACAGAGAAGAAAGCCCUCAAGAGGUUCCAAGUUAUGAACGACAUUGUGUACGAGAAGGCAAUGGAGCACGCUGGAAGGAAUCAGAUACUGGUGUUCGUCCAUUCGCGCAAAGAGACGGGCAAGACCGCGCGCGCCAUACGAGACAUGUGCCUCGAGAAGGACACCCUCGGCCAGUUCCUCAGGGAGGGCUCGGCGAGCGUGGAGGUGCUCCGCACGGAGGCGGACCAGGUGAAGAACCCGGAGCUGCGCGAGCUGCUGCCGUACGGGUUCGCCAUCCACCACGCCGGCAUGAGCCGCGUCGACCGCACGCUGGUCGAGGAUCUGUUCGCCGACAGGCACAUACAGGUAUUGGUGUCGACGGCGACGCUGGCGUGGGGCGUGAACCUGCCGGCGCACACCGUCAUCGUCAAGGGCACGCAGGUGUACAGCCCGGAGAAGGGCCGCUGGAGCGAGCUGGGCGCGCUCGACGUGCUGCAGAUGCUGGGCAGGGCCGGCCGCCCGCAGUACGACACCAAGGGAGAGGGUAUCCUCAUCACGAACCACUCGGAGCUGCAGUACUACCUGUCGCUGCUGAACCAGCAGCUGCCCAUCGAGUCGCAGCUGGUGGGCAAGCUGCCCGACAUGCUCAAUGCGGAGAUCGUGUUGGGCUCCGUGCAGAGCGUGCGCGACGCCGUCACCUGGCUGGGUAAGCUGCAGUACUGCCUGUCGCUGCUGAACCAGCAGCUGCCCAUCGAGUCGCAGCUGGUGGGCAAGCUGCCCGACAUGCUCAACGCGGAGAUCGUGUUGGGCUCCGUGCAGAGCGUGCGCGACGCCGUCACCUGGCUGGGUAAGCUGCAGUACUGCCUGUCGCUGCUGAACCAGCAGCUGCCCAUCGAGUCGCAGCUGGUGGGCAAGCUGCCCGACAUGCUCAACGCGGAGAUCGUGUUGGGCUCCGUGCAGAGCGUGCGCGACGCCGUCACCUGGCUGGGUAAGCUGCAGUACUGCCUGUCGCUGCUGAACCAGCAGCUGCCCAUCGAGUCGCAGCUGGUGGGCAAGCUGCCCGACAUGCUCAACGCGGAGAUCGUGUUGGGCUCCGUGCAGAGCGUGCGCGACGCCGUCACCUGGCUGGGUAAGCUGCAGUACUGCCUGUCGCUGCUGAACCAGCAGCUGCCCAUCGAGUCGCAGCUGGUGGGCAAGCUGCCCGACAUGCUCAACGCGGAGAUCGUGUUGGGCUCCGUGCAGAGCGUGCGCGACGCCGUCACCUGGCUGGGUAAGCUGCAGUACUGCCUGUCGCUGCUGAACCAGCAGCUGCCCAUCGAGUCGCAGCUGGUGGGCAAGCUGCCCGACAUGCUCAACGCGGAGAUCGUGUUGGGCUCCGUGCAGAGCGUGCGCGACGCCGUCACCUGGCUGGGUAAGCUGCAGUACUGCCUGUCGCUGCUGAACCAGCAGCUGCCCAUCGAGUCGCAGCUGGUGGGCAAGCUGCCCGACAUGCUCAACGCGGAGAUCGUGUUGGGCUCCGUGCAGAGCGUGCGCGACGCCGUCACCUGGCUGGGUAAGCUGCAGUACUGCCUGUCGCUGCUGAACCAGCAGCUGCCCAUCGAGUCGCAGCUGGUGGGCAAGCUGCCCGACAUGCUCAACGCGGAGAUCGUGUUGGGCUCCGUGCAGAGCGUGCGCGACGCCGUCACCUGGCUGGGUAAGCUGCAGUACUGCCUGUCGCUGCUGAACCAGCAGCUGCCCAUCGAGUCGCAGCUGGUGGGCAAGCUGCCCGACAUGCUCAACGCGGAGAUCGUGUUGGGCUCCGUGCAGAGCGUGCGCGACGCCGUCACCUGGCUGGGUAAGCUGCAGUACUGCCUGUCGCUGCUGAACCAGCAGCUGCCCAUCGAGUCGCAGCUGGUGGGCAAGCUGCCCGACAUGCUCAACGCGGAGAUCGUGUUGGGCUCCGUGCAGAGCGUGCGCGACGCCGUCACCUGGCUGGGUUACACGUAUUUAUACAUAAGGAUGCUGCGUCAGCCGGCGCUGUACGGCAUAGCGCCGGAGAAGAUGCAGGAUGACAACCUGCUGGAGCUGCAUCGAGCUGAUCUCAUUCACACCGCCGCCAGCCUGCUGGACAAAGCCGGUCUGAUAAAAUACGAGCGCAAAUCAGGUCACUUCCAAGCGACGGAGCUAGGCCGCAUCGCGUCUCACUUCUACUGCACAUAUGAGACGAUGCAGAGCUACAACCAGCUGUUGAAGCCGACUCUGGCAGAGAUAGAGUUGUUCCGAGUCUUCUCCCUGUCAUCAGAGUUCAAGCACAUCGCCGUGAGGGACGAGGAGAAGUUGGAGCUUCAUAAACUGAUGGAGAGGGUACCGAUACCGAUAAAGGAGAGCAUAGAGGAGCCGUCAGCCAAGAUCAACGUGCUGCUGCAGGCGUACAUAUCGCAGCUCAAGCUGGAGGGGUUCGCGCUCAUGGCCGACAUGGUGUACGUCACGCAGUCCGCCUGCAGGCUGCUGCGGGCCAUCUUCGAGAUCGUGCUGCACAGAGGCUGGGCACAGCUUGUGGACAAAACGCUGGCGCUGUGCAAGAUGGUGGACCGGCGCAUGUGGCAGUCCAUGUCGCCGCUCAGGCAGUUCAAGAAGAUGCCGGAAGAGGUGGUGAAGAAGCUGGAGAAGAAGAACUUCCCGUGGGAGAAGCUGUACGAGCUGGGCCCCAACGAGAUCGGCGAGCUAGUGCGCGCGCCCAAGCUGGGCAAGAUGAUCCACAAGUACGUGCACCAGUUCCCCAAGCUGGAGCUGAGCACGCACAUCCAGCCCGUCACGCGCUCCACGCUGCGGGUCGAGCUCACCGUCACGCCCGACUUCCAGUGGGACGACAAGAUCCACGGUCAGUCGGAAGCCUUCUGGAUCCUCGUGGAGGACGUGGACUCAGAAGUGAUCCUGCACCACGAGUACUUCCUGCUGAAGCAGAAGUACUGCCGCGACGAGCACCACGUCAAGCUGUUUGUGCCGGUGUUCGAGCCGCUGCCGCCGCAGUACUUCCUCAGGGUUGUCUCUGACAGGUGGAUAGCGGCGGAGACGCAGCUACCAGUGUCAUUCCGCCAUCUCAUCCUGCCGGAGAAGAACCUGCCGCCCACGGAACUGCUGGACCUGCAGCCGCUGCCCAUCUCCGCGCUGCGGAACGCCAAGUACGAGCAGCUGUACGCCGACACCUUCCCGCAGUUCAACCCGGUGCAGACACAGGUGUUCAACGCGGUGUACAACUCGGACGAGAACGUGUUCGUGGGCGCGCCGUCGGGCUCCGGCAAGUCGGUGGUGGCGGAGCUGGCGCUGCUGCGGCUGCUGGGCGGCAACGCGGCCGGCCGCGCCGUGUACCUGCUGCCGCGCGACGCGCUCGCCGACAUCGUGUUCGCCGACUGGUACCACAAGUUCGGCACCAGGUUCAACUUGAAGGUGGUGCAAUUGACCGGUGAAACCGCCACCGACCACAAGCUGCUGAACAAGGGCCAGAUCAUCAUCACCACCGCGGAGAAGUGGGACGUGCUGUCUCGCCGGUGGAAGGUGCGCAAGAGCGUGCAGAGCGUGUCGCUGUUCAUCGUGGACGCGCUGCAGCUGCUGGGCGGCGAGGAGGGGCCCGUGCUCGAGGUGGUGUGCUCGCGCAUGCGCUACAUCGCCUCGCAGAUCGGCCGACCCAUCCGUAUCGUGGCGCUGUCGCUGCCGCUGGCGGACGCGCGCGACGUGUGGCAGUGGCUGGGCUGCAGCGCCAACUGCGCCUUCAACUUCCACCCCAGCGUGCGCCCGCUGCCGCUCGAGCUGCACGUGCAGGGCUUCAACAUAUCGCACGCCGCGUCCCGCCUCGCCGCCAUGACGAAGCCCAUCUACAACAGCGUGAUCCGCCACGCCGGCUCCAAGCCCGCCGCCGUGUUCGUACCGUCGCGCCGCCACGCGCGCCUGCUCGCCGCCGACCUGCUGGCGCUGGCCGCCGCUCACGGGAACCCCACCAAGUUCCUCCACGCACGACCCGACUUGGUGCAGCCGUUCCUUAAGAAGAUACAGGAUAAGAUGCUGCGCGAGACGCUGGCGGCGGGCGUGGCGUACCUGCACGAGGGCGUGUCGGCGGGCGACCGGCGCGCGGCGCAGCAGCUGCUGGAGUCGGGCGCGGCGCAGCUGUGCGUCGUCGCCGCGGAGCUGGCGUUCGCGUUCGCGGCGCACGUGCACACCGUCAUCAUCGCCGACACGCACGUGUACAACGGCAAGCUGCACUGCUACGAGCAGUACCCCAUCACCACGGUGCUGCAGAUGCUGGGCCGCGCGUGCCGCCCGCUGGAGGACGAGCACGCGGUCGGCGUGCUCAUGUGCGCCGCGCACCACAAGACCUUCUUCACCAAGCUGCUCAACGACUGCCUGCCGCUUGAGAGUCAUUUGGACCACAGGCUGCACGACCACAUAAACGCGGAGAUAGUGACGAAGACCAUAGAGAACAAACAGGACGCCGUGGACUAUCUGACGUGGACCUUCCUCUACCGGCGGCUCACGCAGAACCCCAACUACUACAAUCUACAGGGUGUUACUCACAGGCACCUGUCAGACCACCUGUCAGAGCUGGUGGAGACGACGCUGUCAGACCUGGAGCAGUCCAAGUGCAUAGCAAUCGAGGACGAGAUGGACGUACAGCCGCUCAACCUCGGCAUGAUCGCCUCCUACUACUACAUCAACUACACCACCAUCGAACUGUUCAGCCUGUCGCUGACGUCGAAGACCAAGAUCCGCGGCCUGCUGGAGAUCAUAUCCUCGGCCGCGGAGUACUCCGACCUGUGCAUCCGGCACCGGGAGGAGAACAUCAUCAAAGCGCUGGCAACCAAAGUGCCCCACAAGCCGGCCACGCCGACCGGCGGCGCGGUCAAGUACAACGAGCCUCACGUCAAAGCGCACGUGCUGCUGCAGGCGCACCUGUCGCGCAUGCAGCUCCCUGCUGAGCUGCAGGCUGACACCGCCAUCGUCCUCGUCAAGGCCAUUCGGCUCAUCCAAGCGUGCGUGGACGUGGUCUCCAGCAGCGGCUGGCUGUCCCCCGCGGUGGCUGCCAUGGAGCUGGCUCAAAUGGUGACGCAGGCCAUGUGGGCCAAGGACUCGUACCUGCGACAGCUGCCCCACUUCACACCGGAGUUGGUUCAGCGCUGUUCUGAUAAGGGUGUGGAGACAGUGUUCGACGUGAUGGAGCUGGAGGACAACGCGCGCGCCAAGCUGCUCCAGCUGUCGCCCACGGAGAUGGCCGACGUGGCCCGCUUCUGCAACCGGUAUCCCAACGUGGAGCUCACUUACGAGGUGAAGAACGAGAGGCGGCUGCGCGCCGGCAAGCCGAUAGUAGUGGAGGUGUCCCUCGAGAGAGAGGACGAAAUCGUGGGGCCUGUCAUCGCGCCCUUCUUCCCACAGAAACGCGAGGAAGGCUGGUGGGUGGUGGUGGGCGACCCCAAGAGCAACACGCUGCUGUCGAUCAAGCGCGUGUCGCUGGGCCGCAACGCCAAGGUGCGGCUGGACUUCGUGUGCGGCGCGCCGGGCCGGCACACGUACACGCUGUACUUCAUGUCGGACGCGUACCUCGGCGCCGACCAGGAGUACAAGUUCAGCGUCGACGUCGCCGACGCCGCCUCCGACACCAGCGACUCCGAGUAGUUGAUCACUCGGUCUGUGAUAACCUCAGACCAAUUAUAGAAGGACCUGUAUCGCACUCAUAGUCACGAACAAAAUUGUCUGUCAUUUUGUGAGGAAAACGAGCUUAGAUUUGGUAUAUAUCUUAUACUUAACUAGAAGUUUUUGCUCGUUUUUUACACAAUUCAAUUACACGAAAAGGUAUUUUUACGGAGCUCUUUAACCGACGAACACGAUUACAACUAUUUGACAUCGAUCUAUACGUUAUAUUA